GUUGCUAUUUUUCCUAAAAAAUGGCAGCCUGUAUGUCGUAAGCUUUUCAUAUCUUUUCUUAUGAAAAGUUUUUAUUGCCAUUUGUCUAACGAUCUAUAAUGUUAAUUGUUGAAAUUACCCUAAUGGUUAUUCCAUUUUUUAAAGGAAAUAAAUAGCUAACAAUUAUUCUGAGUCAUGAACAUCAUAUUGUAGUGGUGUAUAUAGUGAUCGAGGUAUUUAUGCAAAUGUUGAACGGGUCGGACGGGCACGAUACCAAUAGUUCUGCUUUAGCAUUAGAAAAUAAAGACAACAUGAGUGCUGGAAGUGCCAGUGUGGAACGGGAACUGGCGAGCACGCGGCGUUUGCUAUGGGGCGAACACGUGAAGGAAGACGUGUUUCGCCGUUGGGCUCAAGGCUUUCAGUUUAGCCCCGACGAGCCCAGCGCGCUUAUUCAACAAGAGGGUGGACCCUGUGCGGCAAUCGCUCCCGUGCAAGGUUUUCUUCUAAAAAUUCUUCUGUCUGAGACACCGGGACACAGUUUUCAAGACUUGACCUCGGAGAAGUGUAACUCUCUGCUUGUUAGGGCUGUGUGUACAAUAUUAAGCCAGUGUCUAGCACCUAAGUACAAUGUGGCUGUGCAUAGGAAGAGUGAUACAGAUGCAGAGACCAGCUCUGGUCAUACGGUCAGUGCGGAAGAACAGUCUUGUGAAACAAUUGAACAUUUUCAUCGAAGAAUUGAGGUGCACUCGUUUCAGACAUUAUCAGAAGUGGAAGCUUUCUAUACAAGAAAUAUUCGUAUUUUGAAAGACAAAUAUGGUGUUCUAUUACUACUAUAUAGUGUCAUUCUCAGUAAGGGUGUAGCGACAGUGGAGACAGAACUGGCCGAACUUUCAGACCCAUUGAUACAUUCAACAUAUGGCUAUGGCUCCCAAGGGCUCAUUAAUUUAAUGCUGACGGGCCGAGCAGUGGCACAUGUUUGGGAUCAUGACCAGGUGGUGGGAGGGCUGCGACUCCGUGGUAUAGAAAAACAAAAUGAUAUUGGUUUUCUUACAAUAAUGGAACAUAUGCAAUAUUGUACUGUGGGUUCUUUCUAUAAAAAUCCCAAACAUCCAGUGUGGGUUUUAGCAUCAGAAACACAUCUUACAGUGCUAUUCUCACUGGAACGGAGACUAGCUGCUCCAGAAACUGCAGGGGAAUCAGCGGAACGUAUAUUUCGAUCAUUUGAUCCAGAGGGAAACAAUUUUAUUCCAUCUGCGGCACUGCAGGAUGUUCUAUGUGCAGCUGAUCUUGUCAGUGAGCCUGAAUAUGUAGAAUUGAUGAGGAGAAAACUAGAUUCUGAAAACUUGGGUAUUAUUCUUUUGAGUGCUUUUAUGGACGAAUUUUUCCCAGGAUGUGAACGUGGCGCACCAGACACAUUCACCUUCCACCACUACAAUGGGCUGUCACGCAGUAACCCCGGUGGGCGGGUGGUCUACCGGACCGGGCGUGCGGCUCUACUAGAGUGUCCCAUGCGUGCCGCCAGUACAGACCCUAUGCUUACAUGUUUGCAGACCAAAUGGCCAAGUAUCGAUGUGGUUUGGGAUGAUGGACAGUCCCCCUCUCUCAAUUAGCAAAACAUUAUCCACUGUUGAUAACCUUAUACUCAGAACUUGUACUGUGACUGUGAGGAAAGAGUUAAAAUGUACCUUUAAAUAUGUUUCAACAUGUCACUGAAAAUUCCAUUAUUUUAUUGUAUUAACUUAUGUAAAAAAUUGUAUCACAUGUCAAAGCUGUGUUAAAAGCUGAGACACAAUUUGGGCAGCUAUUUUGCAUAAAAUUGGGAAUAUUUGUCAUGAAAAGUAUAUGAAUACUUUAAGUAUAUUAAGACUUUACAAGCUGCUGUAGAGGUGAUCUAAUAAAUUGAGCAAGCCCUAAACAUUACUUGACCAUUACUUUUGAUUUACAUCCUACUUGUUGUCUUGGUAUCUAUAAUUAUUUUAAAUGUCAGCAGAGAUUGUUGUUUUUCAUUUUGUUCCUAGCGAUUGCUGAGCACACAUGACUAUUUCUAUUCAAAACAAAUUAAAUCUGGUUACGAGUAUUUGCUCUGACCUGGUAAAUAUUUGUUUUCAUUUCAAAUAAAAUAACAAGUACACAUUUGUAAUUGCAUCAGUUGCACAAUAUGUCACCCUUCACAUCACCUGAUUAGCAACAGUUUUAUAAAAAAAUCACCUAUAUAUUUUUUAAUGUAAGACUAUGUCUAUACUCUUUUAAUGUAUAGUAUUGUUUGGAAUUUUGCACAAUAUCUUUUUUAUAUACAUACUAAUAAGUAAUCCACAAAUUGUAUUGAAAUCUGUUUAAAAUACAUGCAAUAGAUUAAUAUUAAAUAACAAGCAAUAUUGUACCUCAAAAUGAAACGGAAAAUAAGUAUUUUUUGUAAAUAACUUUGGUACUUGUGUAGUGCAUAAUGAUUAUUGGUCUGGCUGUAUGUUAUUAUUUGCCAAAUUUGUGUACAUAAGUCAUGAAUUGGAAAUUGUUUGAAAGGUUGUGGCUACUCUGGGAGCAAUACUUGUAAUAAUAUAACGUUCCUUUAGGUAUCAGUUAUGUACCUAUUAUAGAAAGCAAACAUUGGCAUUCCAAAUAUGUCUUAGUAAGAAGAUAAAAUUUAGCAGUCAUUUCAAGGUUAUUGAAACACUUGUAACAUUUUAUCAUCUCUAAAUUCAUAAAUACUGUCUUGUUUAUUGGUUUAUAUGUAUAUGUUCGUUCAUAUAUAAGUUGUAAGAUAUUGUAAUCCAAUUUGUGUAAAAUAGCUGUGCACGUUAGCGUCGCGUCGUAAAGAAUAUAAUUAUAAAAUGAUAUUUUCAGUUAGUCAUAACAUACAUAGUGUAAACAUGCUUUUUUAACUACAAAAUGAG